AUGUACUGCCGCUCCAAUAAGAUAGACCACAGAGACAUCAAGGACGAAAACAUCCUCUACAACCCUAACACGAAGCAUGUCAUGCUGAUAGACUUUGGUUCCGCCUCCUUCGUCUCCUCCACCUACAAUCGUCUCCAGGGAACUGAUAUCUACCAUCCUCCUGAAUUCUUCUCGGACGGCAGCUUCAAGUCAACUGAUGGAGUUGUUUGGGCUCUUGGUUCCCUUGCUUACAUCCUACUGAACUCAAUUUCUCCCUACCCGAAUCUGGAUGACUUGAAAGAUGAUGUUCCGGUAAUCUGGAUGAACGAAAAGUCCUCUUCGUCUGCUAGAAGAUUCGUGAGACGAGCUCUGAGAAGACGACCUGUGGAUAGAGAAUCAUUGAGCCUGCUGUGGAAAUCUGCUUGGUUGAAGAAUUUUAAUAAAUAA